UUCCGGGGUCGUGUUGCUGGUUUCAUCUGCGGAGAUGUCACACUGUGACACUGUUGCUGAAGGAAACUCCAUGUAGAAUUUCACCCGGAGCGUUCCAAACUUCGCCCAGCCUUGUUGACUCGCAAUUCUCCAUAGAAAUCAGCAACAACUAAAAUCUUACUGACAGGGGACUCUUAUUCCUGUCUGAGAAAGUUUUAUGUUAAGAGAUUUCGCGCACUUCACCGAUUCAAGUCCUCUUCCGGGAGAGAAUGUCUUGUUUUUUUUUCCAACAUCCCAACAUGUAAUUGCUGAAGAAAUCAUUGCGCUGGGUCUCCGUCGUUCGAAGGCAGAGAAGGAAUUUGGAACAAUAAACAUUUUGGGAUGGAGGUCUGCGGACUGACGAGGUCUUUCUUCUGCACUUUUGCAGAGCGAGCCGGGUUGGCCUUUAAAGGCACGCCUGCUAAAUUGCGACUUUUUAAAUACGGCUGCAGAUGUACGAUGUUAAAACCCUGUGGAAGAAGUAUUUCUGCAUUUCAUACUUGUGCUCGGGAUAAGCAGACACGGCUCGGGAUAAGCAGACACAUGAAUAGACAACAACAAUGUCACACCAAGGAUUCAUCGCAAAGUGCCCUUGGAAGUGUGGUUCCCGUGUUUUCUGUCGUGAAAUAUGAGAGUACUGGGAACAUAAGCUUCUUUGAACGAAAGAAGACUGAACUAUACCAGGAACUUGGUCUCCAAGCACGAGAUUUACGAUUUCAGCACGUAACGAGUAUUAAUACCAGGAAUAAUUGCAUCAUCCUCAGGAUGGAGAUCCUUAAAGCUGUAAUAACUCCAAAGUAUCUUCUUAUCCUGGAUUAUCACCAAUCAAAUCUGGAGCAUUGGCUUUUGAAGGACCUCACAUUACAAUUGGCUGGAGAUGGACAACUGGCCACAUACUCUUUGCCUUUUGAAUUCCGGGCCAUAGAAGCAAUACUUCAUCACAGGAUUAGUGCUCUGCAAGCAAGUCUGAAUGAGUUACAACCUCAAAUAUUAGAGACAUUAGAAGCUCUGGUCAAUCCCAAACAAAUGUCGAUUGAUCGAAGCAAACUGCAUAUUUUACUUCAAGACAGCAAAAACUUGUCUGGAUUCGAGACGGACGUAAAGGUCUUCAAGGAGACGUUGCUGGAGAUUCUAGAUGAAGAGAAGCUGCUAAAAGAACUUUGUCUCACCAGCGAGCAACUUGUUUCUCAUCAGAGUAAUUCCAGAAUCGACCUCACAGAAGAGAUGGAACUCCUUCUUGAAAAUUAUUACCGACAGGCCGAAGACCUGGCCAAUGCAGCACGGGAGCUGAAGGUGUUGAUUGAUGAUUCUGAGAGCAUCAUUUUUAUCAACUUGGACAGCCAUCGCAAUGUGAUGAUGCGUUUGAACCUCCAGCUGACGAUGGGAACGUUUUCCAUUUCCCUCUUUGGAAUCCUUGGCGUUGCCUUUGGCAUGAACUUGGAAUCCUCCUUCGAAGAGGACCCCAGGUUCUUCUGGUUGGUAACUGGAAUAAUGUUUCUAGGGAGCGGACUAAUGUGGCGACGCUUGCUAUCGUUUCUUGGCCAGCACUUGGAACCCCAAGCACCCCCAUCGAUGCCCUCUAUCUUGAAAAGAUCACAGCUGCUGGGUGGAAGAGUCGACCAAAGACACGGUUCAAAAUGAUAAAGAUCCAAACGCAUUGAUACGUUGAUAAUGGACUUUGAAGCUAAGCCAGGUAGCACUGGAUAGGAAGGAUGAUACAGGAGCAAUAUUUGUAGCACCAUCUGCAAAGAGCAAUUCAGUUCAGCAAAUAAAUUGCAUUUGCAUUUGGGAUUGAAAGGGCAAUAUUUCGGGUUGUUAAAAAUCCUCAGCAAUCCAUAGGUUUUUAUCAUUUGUAACCCUGAGUUCACAAGUUGUUCUUUGUCUCUGUGCUUAAGUUCAGACUGUUCUUUUCAAGGAGUGACACAGGGGCGUCAUAGUGGCUCACCUGUAGGUUCAAUAGUGACUGCAGGUGUUAUCCGUACGGAGUUUGUACGUUCUUCCCCGUGAUCACAUGGGUGUUCUCCGGGUCCUUCAGUUUCCGCCCACACUCCAAAGAUGUACAGGUUUAAAUAGGCUAUUUGGCUUCAGUAAGUUGUAAAAUUGUCCUUAGUAUGUGUAGGUCAGGGUACGGGGUGAUCGCUAGUCGGUCUGGACUCGGUGAGCCGAAGGGCCUGUUUCUGCACUGUAUCUAUCUAAAGUGCAAACUUUCCAGUCUGUUUCCAUCAGUGUGUUACGGCAGGUUUUAGAAACCUUUGCAGAUCAGACCCAUGAGAGACAAAAAAAAAUUUGAAUUACAUAGGACAUCUGCCCUAUCCAGAAUAAAAUUUAGUGGGUUAAUGCUUCCUGUAGUCAUGCAUUCCCCUUAUUAAAACAUAAAAUUAUGGCUAUAGAUUCUUAUUUAUUUUAUCGUAAUUACUUAUACAUUAAAAGUCUUUGUAACUUACACAAUCAGUGUUCUUUAGCUAAGAGUACUAGAUAGAUGUUGCCAGUGAAAUAGUGUUAACAGUUGACUUUAUGAGAUGUUAACACUCCCAUCCCCACAUGACAUUUUAAUUUAUUCCAUCUCAUGAAGAAACAAUUAGUUGCAGUUAUCAACUGGUCCUGCAGCAUACGAGUUUGGGAAGUUGAUGCUGGAAGAUUUAACACUGUUAACACUUUAAGAAUGAUUAAACAAAAAAAUUAGUUCAGUACAAGAUAAAUGUUUUCAUGCAGUUUUAUUAAAUGUACAUAAAAGCUCAAAGGCCACAAAAAGAUAAAAUUCAAAGCAAAAUUAUUUAUAAGUGUAUAAAAUAUGGAUUAUUCCACUACUUUUGAGGUCUUCGCUCAUUUUAUGUAGUCAGAACCCUAGCUGUCUUCAGAUCUUGGACUAAUCUAGUACAGUGGUGCAGAGGUAGAGUUGCUGCCUUAGAGCGCCAGAGACCUGGGUACGAUCCUGACUAUGGAUGUUGUACUUACGGAGUUUACAUGCUCCUCAUGGCCUGUGUGGGUUAUCUGUCGGCUGCUCUGGUUUCCUCCCACAAUCCAAAGAUGUGCGGGUUCGUAGGUAAGUUGACUUUGGUAAAAUUAUAAAUUGUCCCUAGUGUGAAGGACAGAGAUAGUGUACGGGGAUCGCUGGUCAGCGUGGACUCAGUGAGCUGAAAGGCCUGUUUCCGUGCUGUAUCUCUAAACUAAACUAAAAAGGAGGCUUAGCCCAUUUCUUUCUGUGAUUUAUUUCACCUUAUUAGCUCUUUUCCCACAGCAUUUGUUCUUCUUUAUCAGGCAUUUAUCCAAUUUACUUUCAAAAGUCCAAGUUUUCCCCUUCCCCACCCCCUCCACUUCACUAUCCACCUCCCCAUUCACAUUUAGGCAGCUUGUGUCUUAUCAGAGUAUUUUUCUGCAGGUGAAAUAAAAUGUUCUCUCACAUUUGGCACCUUUGUAGGUUGCUUCAAUUUGAUCCCUGUUACUGAUCUUUUGACUACUUCAAACAAUUUCUUGAAAAUAAUACGUUUUAUUAGCCAAGUAUGUAUACAUACCUAUACAAGGAAUUUGCCUUGAUGCUUUGCUCGCAAGUAACAACACGAUAUACAGUAAUUAGAAAUAAAACAUUAUAUUUAUAUGAUUAUAAAUACAUGUGCAGAAUGAAAUAAAAUACCAGAGCAAAAGGAGGCUACAGACUUUUGGCUGUUGAGUAGAGCUACAACAGCUGUUUUUAUGUCUGGCUGUGGCGGCUUUGACUGUCCGGAGUCGCCUUCAAGAGGGAAGUGCUUCAAAGAGUU